AUGCAACUAACUCUCCGUCCCGCAACCACCACCGACGCCAUCUGCCUAACAGCCAUCUUCUUCUCCGCCUUCGCCCACGACCCCAUCUCCCUCAUCUGUUUCCCACGCUCCCUACCUUCCUCCUUUACCUGGUGGCGAAACUCCAUCCUCUCCGAGAUACUUGACCCCUCAUCUCACUUCCUCUGCAUCUACGAUGCCUCGUCCCCCACUCAAGAAAUCAUCUCCUAUGCUAAAUGGAACGACUCAUCUGCACCUCUAGCCACACUUCAUGAUUUACCUGCAUGGCCUGCAGGCUGUGAUGAGGAAAUUGCGAAUCUUUUUUUCGGGACAUUGAUUGAGAAGCGGAGGGAAAUCAUGGGGGAGAGGAAACAUUGGUAUUUAGAGUUUGUGGCGACGAAGCCGGAGGGCCAGGGAAUGGGGGCGGCGGGGAAGUUGAUGAGGUGGGGGUUGGAGAGGGCGGAUGAGGAGGGGGUGGAGACUUAUUUGGAGGCUAGUCCGGUGGGGAAGGCGGUUUAUGAGUAUUUUGGUUUUGAGGAAAGGAGUAGAUUGGUGGUGCCUGUGGAAGAGAAGGGGGAUUUUGUAGAAUGCAUGAUGGUUAGGCCCGGGAAAGGGAAGACGAUUGAAUUAUAG